GCGUCUAGCCUUGUUUUGCCUUGGAUCAAAAGACCACGGCACCAACGGCUUAACAGUCAGUCAUUCGCGAGUUACCUCACUGAAUUGUUAAUAUACACAAGUGUGGUACGAGCUGGAUCAAAUUGUGAAAUAAACUUAAGUCCAAACCUAAAUCGUCACUUAAACUUUGAGCCGGCGUAACUCGAAACCGCGAAGACUCAGUGAAUUUAAGUUGUGAAAUAUUUACGGGAUUUUCAACAUUUUCCCUCAAAUUAAGAUAAUUUUGACGAGGCAUUUGUGAAUGCAAACAUCAGUAACGACACAAUUGUAAACAAUGAGUAACGAAAUUACCCCACGGAAGACAUUGAAGUAUGACGAAAAUAAUCUUCCCUACAUUGAUCUUGGGAAGUAUAAAAUGCGACUGGAAAGAGAGGAACCAACCAACGAGGUAUUGGAAAAAGCCCGAAUUGAAUUACGAGAAACACCAGAAAUUGUUGAAAAAGCUUUCAAAGAGCUUCGCGAACUUAUAAAACAGGAGAAACAUCUUCAUUUACCCACUGAAGAUGAAUACAUGCGGAUGUUCUUAAGACCAUGCAAAUAUUAUCCGGAAAGUGCAAUGGAUAGGAUAAAACAUUUCUACAACUUGAGCUUGAAAUAUGGAAAAGUAUGUGAAAAUAUCGUACCAUCAACUUUGAGACAUGUUUUCGAGCAAGAGAUCUUCACAUUGUUACCCGUUCGAGACCAGGAUGGUCGUCGAAUGAUUAUUUUAGAUGUUGGAAAAAAAUGGAAACCAUCGAAAUGCCCCCUGAACGAUUCAUUCCGAGCAGUUCAAUUAGCAGUAUUAUCUUCAAUGGCCGAACCUACAUCUCAAAUCAAUGGAAACGUUGUCAUUUUCGAUAUGGAUGGCUUGCCACUAGCUAAUGUAAUGCAAUUUACGCCAUCGUUUGCCAAUAUGUUGUUGGACUACGUUCAAGAUUGUUUAUGUAUUCGUCUGAAGGCUGUACAUAUUGUCUUCAACUCGUAUAUCUUCAAUAUGCUGUUCGCCAUUUUCAAACCUUUCAUCAAGGACAAGCUCAGGAAGCGAAUUUUCUUCCAUGGAAAAAAUAUGGACUCGCUUCAUCAGCACAUUAACAAAGAGUGCUUGCCAGCGAAAUAUGGAGGCACUUUAGAUUGUGAAUUACCCCCAGGAUAUCUAGUUGCUGACUUAUUCGAAGCUUAUAAGAAGGACUUUGAAAUGGCAAAUAGCUACGGGUACACAAAUGAAUUGAAAUAGAGCCAACAUCAGCUGUUCAACUAUCUUUUUGUGUGAUAAAUCCUUUAAAUAAAUUACGAAUGUUAAAUAGACUAUCAGCUUCUUAUAAGUAUGCUUUAAGGAUUUUUAGGUUUCUCGUUUUUUAAGUAAAUUUGUAACUUUAAUGAAAAGUUCACUUUGAUUACGUACAAGGAUGAGGUUUAUUCAGCAAAGACUUAAUAUGAUGUAAAAACUUGUUAAGGUUUUGCCUUUAUUAGUACCUUAAUAUAAUUAUAUUUUUGAUAAACAACUUCUGAGAAACGUAAAA